AUGCUUUCUUACAUCGACCCAACUUCCUGGAAGGAUAUUUACGGCCACAAAGCCACAGCUUUCCAAAAGGCUCCAGAAUUUUAUGGGAAAGACAUCUUUGGAGAUCCAGCUGGUAUAAUCCGAGCGGACGACAUCAGUCAUGCCCGCCAAAGGAGGUUGGUGAGCCACGCUUUUAGUGAUAAGUCGCUCAGAGAUCAAGACAAGUUGUUGAAGGGCUAUGCCGCAAUACUGGUUGAUCAAUUGGCCAAGAUAGCCGGAGCCCCUGAUAAUGAAACGAACAUGCUCUCAUGGUACAACUUUAUAGCUUUUGAUGUCAUGGCAGACUUGACCUUCGGUGAAGAUCUCGGCCAGCUCCGAAACUCGACAUACAAUGACUGGGUCGGAUCAACAUUUUACGUUGCAAAGUUCCUCGCGCUCAAUGGCAUAAUCAAUGCAUGGGGUCUGGCAGGAGUGCUCAAUCUAAUCAUGCCAGCUAGUCUCAAAGCAAAGCGAGAUCAUCACAAAGAGUUCGUGGUAGAAAAGGUUGAUCGGCGCUUGGCGCAGAAUACCACGAGACCCGAUAUCUGGACGUACGUGAUGAAGAAGAGCAAAGAUGGGGGUGAAACACUGUCAACCACGGAAAUGCACAACAACGGCUCCACCUUCAUGGGUGCGGGUACUGAGACAGUCGCCACGGAGCUGUCUGGUUUGACUUACAUGCUCCUGAAGAAUCCGGAUAAAAUGCAUCGCCUAAAAAGUGAAAUCAGGGGUGCAUUCAAGCAUUUGGACGACAUGACGACGACGAAGCUCAGCCAACUGGAGUAUCUACAAGCAUGCAUUGACGAGGGCUUACGCCUGUAUCCGCCCCUGCCUACAGGUGGUGCGAUGCGUUCUCCGAGAAACUUCAAGAACCCAGAUACCUUUGCGCCAGAGCGAUUCUUGCCUGAGGGCGCGGAAGAGUAUGCGUCGGACAGGAAAGAUGGGCUGAACCCUUUCUCGUUUGGACCAAAGAACUGUGUGGGGAAGAACCUCGCAUACCAUGAGAUGCGUUUAGUGCUUGCCAGUGUGCUUCUGCAUUUCGACUUGGAGCUCAGUCCGGAGAAGGGUAAUUGGAUGGAUGAUCAGCAGAGCUUCAUUCUUUGGGCCAAGACGCCGUUGAUGGUGAAGCUCAAAUUAGCUACCUGAUGAACGUGGAUGGCACUAUGUAUGCAGGUCUCCACCCGCGAGGAAGCGCAUUUGACUCCAACUGCGAUGUUUGGUUGCGCAUGCAUGAACCGGUACACAACUUAUGGAAUAAACAUAUGCAUUUUCGCGAAGCUUAUGAAUUGGUGUUUGUGUAGCUAACAAAGCCUCACUCCCUAUAGGGACGAUAGCUUUCCUAAAGACUACCUACUUACUACAAUCGACUACACCACCAAAAUGACCAA